ACCUCUCUAGAGCCCCCCGGAAGCCUUCUGGGACCCUCAGGACCCCUCUAGAGCCCCCCAGAAGCCUUCUGGGACCCUCAGGACCCCUCUAGAGCCCCCCAGAAGCCUUCUGGGACCCCCAGAACCCCUCUAGAGCCCCCCAGAAGCCUUCCCCUCUCUCGCAGGUCGGUAACGCGGUGCCUCCUCCCCUCGCCAAAGCCAUCGGCCUGGAGAUCAAAUCCUGCGUCACGGCGAAGCUGAAAGAAGCCAUGGCGGAGCUCAACGCUGCUGAGAAGGUGGAGGCCGUGAAGGUGGAAUCUAUGGAGAAGGUGGAAUCUAUGGAGAAGACGGUGGCCAUGGAGAAGGUGGAGGUGGCCAUGGAGAAGGUGGAGGUGGCCAUGGAGAAGAUGGGAUCUAUGGAGAAGAUGGGAUCUAUGGAGAAGGUGGAGGCCAUGGAGAAGAUGGGAUCCAUGAAGGUGGAGGCCAUGGAGACGGUGGGCUGAUGCGCGGGCUCUCCGCCAGCACGAGGGCUCCAACCAUGCACUGAUUUCUUUGAACCCCUUUUUCUUUCUCUUCCUUUUCCUCGAGGUUUUGGGGUGGGUUUGGAUUCCUGUCCGUGGGGGGCGGCACUGGGGGCGGCACUUGGCGUGGCCUCCACCGCCCCCUCCGCUCGUCUCUGUCUUCUGGCUGCUGUCCGUGAUGGUCCAACGCCACCACCGCCGCGCCAACCCCCCAGGGCAGAGCCUUGAGGGACCCCCAAAGCCCGACCUCGGCCUGGUGGGACCUCCCCGACCUCGGCCUGGUGGGACCUCCCCGACCUCGGCCUGGUGGGACCUUCCCGACCUCAGCCUGGGGGGACCUCCCCGACCUCGGCCUGGUGGGACCUCCCCG